GAAUGCCAAUGCCCGAAGUUAAUAAUAUUCACGGAAAAUAUGAUUUUCAAUCGGAGAUCUAAUAAAUGUUUAUAAAAAGUGUUAAUGCAUAUACACUUAAGACUUCAGACAUUACAUAUUGCACAAUGCUAAACACAUAAAUCUUUUAUAUUCAUAAACGAUUUAAAUAUCAUUUUAAUUUUGGAACAUUAUUCGGUGUACAUCAAAUAAGUGCUUUAAACAUGCGCGAAUUUAAAGUGGUUGUGCUUGGUUCUGGUGGAGUUGGUAAAUCGGCCCUAACUGUUCAAUUCGUUUCGGGAUGUUUUAUUGAGAAAUAUGACCCCACCAUUGAGGACUUCUAUCGAAAGGAAAUAGAGGUGGACAGUUCUCCGUGUGUUUUGGAAAUAUUAGACACUGCUGGAACCGAGCAAUUUGCUUCUAUGAGAGAUCUCUACAUAAAAAACGGACAUGGCUUUAUUGUGAUGUAUUCGCUGACAAACCAUCAAACAUUUCAGGAUAUUUCAAGUAUGAAAAAUGUGAUUACUCGAGUUAAAGGAAGCCAACCAGCACCCAUAUUACUUGUAGCAAAUAAAUUUGAUUUGGAUUGCCAGAGAGAAGUAACAACUGCUGAAGGUAAUGCCUUGGCGCAACUUUGGGAAUGUCCCUUUAUUGAAGCAUCAGCAAAAGAUCGAAUAAAUGUCAAUGAAGUGUUUGCAACUAUUGUUCGAGAGAUGAAUUUAACGCAAGAAAAACGACAAAAGAAAAAAUACUGUUGUUGUACGCUUUUAUAGAAAUUUGUAAAUACAUAAGAUUAAUAUAGUUAAAAAUAAAACCAUUAAUAUGUAUGUAAUAAAU